CACAUAAUGCCCGAACAGAUUACUCUUUACGCUGCAAAGAUUUGCCCUUAUGCUCAGCGCGUUGAGAUUGCGCUCAUAGAGGCAGGCGCGGAGUUUACGAGACAUGAAAUUGACCUUAUGAACAAGCCGAGUUGGUUCAGUCGACAGGUCAAUUCUGCAGGCAAGGUCCCGGCCCUUUCGUAUGGCGGCCCAAAGGUACCUGCGGACCAGUCGUCUCCAGAGUCCGCCAAGCUUGCAGAGUCACUCGUUCUGCUCGAAUUCGUCGCGGACCUCUUCCCAGAGUCAAAACUUCUCCCAAAGGAUCCCGUCUUGCGGGCACGUGCACGUUUCUUCAUCGAUGCAGUGAACACUAAACUCGCACCCGGGUGGAUGUCUUUCUUGAUGAAAGGUGAUAGCGCAGACGCAUUUCUCUCUGCUACUGAAGCGAUCCAGGCGUUGCUUCCUGAUGACAAGAAGUUCGCUGUGUCCGAUGAUUUCACAAAUGCGGAUGCAGCUGUUGGCCCCUUCCUUGCUCGUGUUUUCGUUGCGACAAAGAACGAUUUCGGUACACCUGGUGAAGGGAAGAAAGUAUUCGAGGCACUCAAUAGCCCACGGUUCAGCAAGCUCACGAACUACUACAAACGGAUUGAAGCGCGUGAGAGCUUCAAGUCGACGUUCGACGCAGAAUACAUCAAAGGAUGCUUUGUGCAAAUGCUUGGUAAAUAAGUGAAGCUACAUUCGGUAGUGAUCAUAUUGGCGAAGCACAACUACUUUACUACAUUCGCCCCCAUAUGCAUGACUUGUACCCUGCUUGUGUAACGUUGAUAAAUAUUAUGUAAGAUUGCCC